AUGGAUCCCUAUCGCCUUCCGACGGAUGUUAAACCCACUAACUACGAUCUCACCAUACGCACCGAUCUCGAACAGGCUAAGUUCGAUGGGGUGGUCCGCAUCGACUUUGAAGUCCAGAGGGAAACGUCGACCAUUGUGCUGAACGUAGUGGGACUGCAGUUAGAAGACGUGACUCUUUGCCUGGAUAAUGGGAAAGUGGAACAAACCCCUUCUUCCCAAGAGCUAGAUGUCGCCACAGAACGUGGGAUCUUCACGUUUCCCCGCAAUCUGCCCGCGGAAUCGAAGGCCCAAUUGCGAAUCGCCUUCGCUGGUGAUUUGACGGGUAACACUGCCGGGUACUUUCGCUCAAUCAGUAAAGCUGAAGGAACGGCAAAAUACAGCAGUUUGACGCAUUUUGAGGCGUUUCCUUGCUGGGAUGAACCUGCUCUGAAGGCCACCUUCGUGAUCACGCUGGUGUCACACGACUACACCACCAAUCUGAGCAAUAUGCCAAAGUGGAAGAUUACUCGCUUUGAGACUACUCCCCCUAUGUCCACGUAUCUUGUUGCGUUCGCAAAUGGUCAAUACGAAUAUCUGGAAAGUUCUUACACCAGUCCUCUCAGCGGUAAAGUCCGUCCGUUGCGUGUAUACACAAGUCCUGAGGUCAUUGAGGGUGCGGGAUUCGCACUCGAGGUGUCAAGGAGAAUGCUUCCGAUCUACGAGCAAAUGUUUGGUAUCGAAUAUCCUCUUCCGAAGCUAGAUACUCUUAUUGUCCAUGACUUCUUUUCUGGUGCUAUGGAAAAUGGCGCCGAUCUAGCUCUCAAGCAACAAAUUGUAUCCAGGCAGGCUCACGAAGUUGCUCAUAUGUGGUUCGGAAACAUCACCACCAUGAAAUGGUGGGAUAAUCUCUAUUUGAACGAAGGAUUCGCUUCCCUGAUGGGCGAUGUAACCAUGCAGGGUAAAAUCUUUCCGGAAUGGUCCCCCCAGACCAAAUUCGUCUCGGGUAGAUACGCCUCUGCACUGGAUCUAGAUGCGAAAUUGUCGUCUCAUCCGGUCGAAGUUGAAUGUACCGAUGCCAACAAAAUCGUCCAGAUAUUGGAUGAGCUUUCUUACGCAAAGGGGGCAUCGGUUCUGCGCAUGUUGGCGGACUACGUUGGAGAAGAACGUUUCCUCAACGGUGUUUCGAUUUAUCUAAAGCAUCUUUACAGCAACACUGUCACUGCGGACCUGUGGGAAGGAAUUGCAGCUGCAACUGGCCGUGAUAUUCCUCGGACGAUGGACAAUUGGAUCAAAAAAAGAUAG